AUGGCGACGAAACGCAAGGUUUUGUUGAUGGGUAAAAGUGGUUCGGGGAAAACUUCAAUGCGAUCGAUUAUUUUUGCGAAUUAUAUUGCGAGAGAUUGUAAUCGACUUGGGCCAACUAUUGAGGUUGAGCAUGCGCAUGUCAGGUAUGUUUUUUGAAGAAAACAAAUUAUUUUCAGAAAGUUUAUAAUUUUGAUUUGGAAACUAGCCAAAAAUUUCAUGAAAAUAGAAAAAAAGAGGUGUUUUUUCCUAACAUAAAUCUCAUAUUUCAGAUUUCUCGGAAAUCUCGUCCUUCAUCUUUGGGAUUGCGGUGGUCAAGAAUCAUUCAUGGAAAACUUCCUUGUCUCCCAAAAAGAUCAAAUUUUCAAAAAUGUUCAAGUUUUGAUCUACGUUUUCGACGUGGAAAGUCGUGAAUUCGACAAAGAUUUGCGAUAUUAUCAAUCUUGCCUUGAAGCUUUGCUUCAAAAUUCCCCACAAGCUCAAGUAUUUUGCUUGAUUCAUAAAAUGGAUUUAAUCCAAGAUCAAGAUCGAGAUGAUACUUUUAAACGAAGAGAAUCCGAUGUUUUGAGAUAUAGUGAAUUGGCAGCAAGACAACAUGCGAAUCAAAGAGCAAAUGCGGUUUGUCAAUGUUUCAAAAGUAGUAUUUGGGAUGAAACAUUGUAUAAAGCAUGGUCUGCAAUUGUCUAUAAAUUGGUGCCGAAUGUAAACAAAAUGGAGGAAAAACUCAGAAAAUUCGGGCAAAUUUUGGAAGCUGAUGAGGUGAUUAUGUUUGAAAGAGCCACGUUUCUGGUUAUUGCUCACGCGGAAUUGAGAGAACACAAAGAUUUGCAUCGAUUUGAGAAGGUUUCGAAUAUUAUAAAACAAUUUAAACUAUCUUGCAGGUUAGUUUUCAAACAGGGAAAUUUUGAAUUUCAAAAAAUGGUUAGAAUUGGCGUGACCUGGGAAAAACUGAUUUAUUUCUCAAGAAUUGAGAUUUUCAGAUUUCCAGUUCAAAUCUCCUUGAGUAUUUAGCAAAAUAGAAAUUUCAUUGCUUUUCCAAAAUCGUUUUUUUUCCAGCAAAAUGGGUUCGAAACUUGAUUCAAUACAAGUGAAAAAUGCCAAUUUCACAGCAAUCAUCGAUGGUUUUACACCAAACACCUAUGUAAUGGUUGUUUUACCCGAUGGCAAUUGUUCAGCCACAACAACUCUUCUCAACAUAAAAUCUGCCAAAAAACAUUUCGAACUCCUCGAGCAACAACAAUGA